AUGGAGCUUCCCGUCGCGGUAAUUCUGAGUUUUAUUACUGCCUACUGGUCAACCUUGACUACUGGACACGUACACAUCACUUAUUACGGAUCUUUGAUUGAUGAAUUCUACAAGAUUCAUGACGCUGAUGGGAUCCUCAUCGUGUCGAGUACCAAUUAUCAUUCUUUUGGAAGUCUCACAUUCUGGCACGAGAUGUCGAGAAAAAUGUCCAACCGCGGAAGAGCAGCGGACAUGGUCAAUUUCCAGGAAUUAACACCAACAUUGCAGUUGUAUCGCAGGCAGAAUGUCCGUCCACUGUUCGUAAUUUUCAUCAAAAACAUGAAGGAAGUGCAUUUUUUCGGGCGAAUCACGAAGACCCUGAACCGGAGCAACAGCCUAUGGGUGAUUCUGUUCUCUGGAGACAGCAGCGGAGACGCCUGUGAAUUUUGCCGUCAUCCGGAGGGCAACCUGUUCAAUUUAAAAUUCAACUCGAAAGUGAUUGUUGCGUGCUGCGAGUCAACCAUUAUCCAGGAGUGGUGGACAAGCACUGGUAAUCGUACUCAUAUAGGAGAGCUGGGGCGGUGGAUUGACGAGAGUCGUGGCAUUGAGUGGUUCUCCGACAAGUCUCUUUACGAACGGAGGACUUCUCUCGAAGGUCGACCUUUCCACAUCAAUAUUGUGCAAGGAUCAACCGACAUCUGGCAAAAAAACGGUGAUCUCCAUGGAUAUUUGGGAAGAGUCGUGAAAGCUCUAUCUCAAUUCAUGAAUUUUACCAUUUCAUCUGUAACAAUUGAGCGCUCCUACGGCCGUUGGGAUCCGGACGCUUCAGAAUGGACCGGUGUUCUUGGGAAACUCCACCGGAACGAAGUCGACAUGGGGGUAUCCUCAUUCAUCAUGACUAAUGAACGACGAGAAGUCGUCGACUUUACAAUUCCCACUGUAUACGAGAAUUCCCGGUUGUACAUUCGGAUGCCUGGAGCGAACACCGUGCAAUGGAACGCCUACUUUGAGGCGUUUGGGAUGGACGUCUGGCUGGUGAUAAUCGCUUUGAUCAUGACGACACCUCUUCUCCUGACGUUCAUCAAGUACAAAGGAAGAUCCUUCAUUUUCCCCCUCGUCUUCGAGCAUUACUCGUCUGUUUGGGGUAUUUACUGUCAGCAAGGACUGCCAGAAUUUCCUGAUGAGACACCUUUGAGGAUUGUCUUCAUAUCCCUAUCCCUGUCGGCGCUGGUCAUCACCAUGGCCUACUCUGCGUCUCUAACCAGCUUUCUCGCAGUUAACGUUUCACACAUGCCGUUCACUUCGAUAGAAGAAUUUGUCAAACUUGGGACUUAUAAGUUGAUAGCCAUACAGGACACUGCGGAUUAUACGUUGUUCAAGGAUUCAGACGAAGUACUCAUGAAGAAAAUGGCUGCGCUCAUGGAGCCCCCGGGAUUUCUGCCAGCAACUCAUCACGAAGGGUUCCAACAGGUAUGUCGAAAGAGCGUGGCAUUCCACACAACCCACGAGAUUCGAGAAGGAUACACGAGUCCUUUCAUCCCCUGUAAACUCGCCUGGAUCAAGACCAGAAAAAUCCAAGCGUCAGGAAUCAUCAUGCCCCUUAACAGCGAGUACACAGCAUUCGUGAAUUACCAUCUUCAGCGAUUUAAAUACAGUGGAUUGCUUGAUCGAUGGAAACGAGAGUAUCAUUAUCGGAUAAAGGAUGUUCCCGAGAUCUAUCAUCCGUCCGUGCAGCUCAAGGGAAUAACGCCGAUCUUAGGUGUUUUGACAGCAGGAUUAUUGAUUGCCCUCAUUAUUCUCUUAAUAGAACGGAUUUUUCAUCGUCACAGAGAUCAGUUACAGCGCAAGAAAAUACGAACAUCGGAGGUGGAAAUGUUGCAACGCAUGCUUUCCCGUCCUCAGAGCUCCCCCUCCUGGUCACGCGAUUCCAACGAUUUUCGCACAAUUUAUCGAAACCGUCAGAAGAAACUAGCGCAAGCGUGGAUAAUAAAUUUUGAAUAA